AUGCGCUUCCACCCUUGCGCUUUCCCCGCCUUUUGCGCUUCCGCCCGUGCGCUUUCCCCGCUUGCUGCGCUUAUCCGGCUCUUCCGCCUGCCAUACCCCCCAAUGUCUCCACCCUUCCGCUCCCCACUCCUCCCCCUCCUCUCCAGAAAUACAAAAUACGAGCAUCUGAUAGGGAAGCGGGAGGGGCAGAAGGUUCUGUGGGAUGCAAAGUACGAGCAUCUGAUAGAGAAGCAGAAGGUUGUGCAGAAGGUUGUGCGGGGUGCAGUACGGUACAGUGAGCGUUAUUCCAGGCUGACCGUUCCCCCCUGCUCCUCCCCCCCUCUCCAGAAGUACGAGCAUCUGAUAGAGAAGCGCGAGGGACAGAAGGUGGUGCGGGAUAUGGGGGGAGGGGAAGGGGAGGGGGAAGGGGGAGAGGGGGAGGAAGCAGGAGGAGGAGCGGGGGGGGUAGGGGGAGCGGUAGCAGGAAGGCAGACAACACAUGAUGACGAUGGUUGCGGGUGGGGGGGAGUGGUGGGGGUGGGGAUGGGGAUGGGGGUGGUGAUAGGAAUGAGCUUGCAGGUGGGGGGGAGUGGUGGGGGAAGUGGUGGGGGGAGUUUUGGGGGGAGUGGUGGGGGGAGUGGUGGGUGGGGGGAGUGGUGGGGGUAUGGCAGGCAGCAGGAGGGCAGAUGGCACAUGAUGACGAUGGUGAGUGGGGGAUGGGGAUGGGGGUGGGAAUUGGGUGGCGUGUUGUGGGGAGUGAUGGGGUUGGGAAUAUGGGUGGGCGAGUAA